AAGCCGCGGCUCCCGCGGGGCUUUCAAGCGGCGGCGGCGGCGCUGGGACAAAAUGGAGGGCGGUGCGGGGCGGCGGGCGGUGCCGCAGGGCGGGCGGGAGCGGCGCGGCGCGGCGGCGCCCUGAGGGGGGAUGAGCGGCGGGCGGCAGCGCACUUUGCCUCAGCUUUGGCGGGCGGCGGGCGGGGAGGCGCCGGAGGGGGCGAGGAAGAUGGAGGAGGCGGCAGAGGAAGAAGAAGCAGACGACGACCUGCUGUUGGCGGCAGCCGCGGCGGCGGCGGAGGGCCCGAGCCCGGCUGAGGGCUCCUGCGCGGCGGCGGCGGGCCCGGCACAGGGCUUCUGCGCGGCGUUGGGAUCCAUUUGGAUCUACCCCACGAACUACCCGGUGCGCGACUACCAGGUGCGCAUGGCCCGCGCCGCCCUGCUGGGCAACACGCUGGUCUGCCUGCCCACCGGGCUGGGCAAAACCUUCGUAGCCGCCGUCGUCAUGUACAACUUCUACCGCUGGUUCCCCGGCGGCAAGGUGCUCUUCCUCGCCCCCACCAAGCCGCUGGUGGCUCAGCAGAUGGAGGCCUGCGUCCGCGUCAUGGGCAUCCCGGCCCGGCACAUGGCCGAGAUGACAGGGGGAACCCAAGCUCUCAGUCGGAGAGAACUGUGGACUACCAAGAGAGUCUUUUUCCUUACGCCUCAAAUAAUGGUCAAUGAUCUUUCUCGUGGGACAUGUCCUGCCGUAGAGAUUAAAUGUUUAGUUAUUGAUGAAGCCCACAAAGCCCUUGGAAACCACGCCUACUGUCAGGUUGUAAGGGAACUAAGCAAACAUACAAGUCAAUUUCGGAUCUUGGCUCUAAGUGCCACACCAGGCAGCGAUACAAAGGCUGUGCAGCAAGUUAUUUCCAACUUACUCAUUGCUCACAUCGAGUUAUGUACUGAAGAUUCUCCAGAAAUUCAGCCUUAUUCUCAUGAGCGACAAGUGGAAAAAAUUGUUGUUCCACUUGGUGAAGAAUUGGUAGAAAUUCAGAAUGCUUACAUCCGGGUGCUAGAAACAUUUGCUGGACGCCUGAUUAAAAUAGGAGUUUUAGCAAGACGGGAUAUUCCCAGCCUUACAAAGUACCAGAUAAUUCUAGCAAGAGAUCAAUAUAGAAAAAACCCUUCUUCAAAAAAUAUGGAAAUACAUCAAGGCAUAAUUGAAGGGGAUUUUGCACUUUCUAUCAGUUUAUAUCAUGGUUAUGAGCUGCUGCUGCAAAUGGGAGUACGAUCGUUAUUUAUGUACCUUUGUGGAAUUAUGGACGGAUCAAAAGGAUUAACUCGUACAAAGAAUGAACUUGCUCGUAAUGAAGACUUCAUGAAGCUGUAUCAGCAGCUUAGAGACAUGGUUUCAGACACAUCUGCGGCUUCAGCAAAUGGAAAUGUUUGCAAGAAUGGAACAGUGUUUGAAAAUAAAAAGGAAUUUUUCUAUAGCCAUCCAAAAUUAAAGAAAUUGGAGGAAAUUGUAAUAGAACACUUCAAAUCCUGGAAAAAGGGAUGUUCUGAUCAGGUCACAGCUGAAAGUACAUCUGCAGACACUGUGGAUACCAGAGUGAUGAUCUUCUCAUCGUUUCGAGAUAGCGUGCAAGAAAUUGCAGAAAUGCUUUCCAGGCUUAGCCCAGCUGUUAGAGUAAUGAUGUUUGUUGGCCACUCGACAGGAAAGAACACAAAAGGCUUCACACAAAAGGAACAACUUGAGGUGGUAAAACGCUUUCGUGAAGGUGGGUAUAACACUCUGGUCUCUACCUGUGUUGGGGAAGAAGGCUUAGACAUCGGAGAAGUGGAUCUCAUCAUCUGCUUUGACGCUCAGAAAAGUCCAAUUCGCCUUGUGCAGAGGAUGGGCCGAACGGGGCGCAGGCGGCGAGGCAGGAUCGUUGUCAUCCUCGCCGAAGGGCGGGAGGAACGGACUUACAAUCAAAGCCAGUCUAACAAAAGGAGCAUCCACAAAGCUAUUUCAGGAAACAAAAUGCUUCAUUUCUACCAGCAUAGCCCACGCAUGAUUCCAGAAGGCGUAAAUCCAAAGUUGCAUAAAAUGUUUAUUACUGCUGAAAAAUAUGAACCAAGCAAUUCAGGAAAGCUUUCCAAAGGGAGAAGACCUAGUUCCCUGCAGCAUAAAUCUGCUCUCUUUUCCUAUGUCACCGGCCAGAAGCAAAUACACGGUCAUGAGAACUGGUCUCUGUCACCUGAGGAAUUUGAAACAUGGGACAGACUUUACAGGAUUAAGGAAAGUGAUGGAGUAAAGGAACCGAUAUUGCCUCAAACUCGGUUUGAAACCUUAGAAAACAUGGAAGAAAUACCACUGCAGGAGCAUGAAGAGGAGGAAACUCACAAACUUUCCUUGUCUGAAUGGAGAAUUUGGCAGAAUCAUCCUUUUCCUACAUUUGUGGUUGAUCACUCCGAUCGCUGUUACCAUUUUAUCAGUGUUAUGGAAAUGAUAGAACUGAUGAGAUAUGAACAGCAGGGAGAUUGCAGCUAUGAACUGGAGAUUCGGCCUCACUUACAUCUCGAAGACGUUAAUGUUCAAAGGAAUAAAAGUCAUCUUUUGACGACCAACUCCACAUUUGAUCAGAAAGCAUGCUCAUCUAGAAAAGACAUGGCACACAGAUCAAAGGUAAAACCCUUUCUACCUGAUACAAAUGAUGAUGGGAGUGACUUUUUUACCACGUUUAAAGUAACAAAAGCAAAGACUCUGAAGAGAACUUCUGGAUUAAAUUUGGAAGCGCCUGUGUUGCCUACGGAUACUAAUACUUCAGCUUCUUACUCAGCAAGAAGGCUUGCUCUGCCUGAAAAUACUGACCAGGGCAGUCCAAAGGAUAAGGAACUAGAGGUGACGUUUGACUUAAAUGCAUUUAUUGACCUAUGUGACAACAGUGAAAAUACUGUAAUUCAUGAAAGUGCAGCAAUAAAGGAAUACAAAACUGUGGAUAAGGCUUGUAGCUCACUGGGGACAAACCAUGCAGCUUCGGGUUAUAGUAGCUUCACAGCUGAGAAAUCGCCAGUGUUCUCUGACUUAUUUUAUCUUCCUGAAUCCUACAUGGAUUCCUUUGCGCUUGUGACAGCAUCUGAGGGGCCUUCAUGGUUGAAAGAAAAAUUUUCCCAUGUGAGAAGGCUUUUAUCCCAAUCUCCUCCCUCUUUGAAUAGUGAUUUUGAAAACACGAUGAGAAAUGAAGAAACAGUAUGUCCUCCUCAAAAAGGUACUUCUGGCAGUUAUUCAGAGAGACUGCAGGACAGAGUCUUUCCUGUGUCCCCAGAAGUUGAUCGUUCACUGCUGCUCUUUGAAAAUCCUGAACUGAAAGUCACCAGUGAAUUGUGUGAUUCUGUAAGUACAUGUUUUUCAAAAACUGUAUCAACUCCUAAGACUGCUGCUGUUAAAGCCAAAGAGGAACUUCACUGGAACGACAGCUUUGGUAGUCUGUUUGACAAUGAAGAAUUCACUGAAAUUCAAAAGAAAACUCCAACAAUAAAUCACACUCUGACAAAUAACCCUUCAAAUGAGUAUUUUGUUCAAAAAAAUAAAGAAGAUCUUGAAAUUAACAGGAACAAUGUGAUUAUUGAGGAACAGAAGAGUAUGCGUUUAUUUGAAGAUGAACACGUUUAUGGCACAAAUAAUGGAAGGUUUUCUAUGAGCAAUAAGCACGUGGUCGGGCCAGAUUCAGGUGAGAGUGUCGUUAGGCCAGUUGCAGAGCAAGGCUGCGACUGGUUUCCUUCAGAGGUGUGCUGUGUGGGUGCUGACAAAACCUGCAAGGAGCAGCCAAAAAGCAGUAAAACCACAGCCACGGAAAUGCCAGGUGAUACUAGCGUGAGCGAGCUGUUUCUGGAUAAUGAGAGUCUUUAUGACUAUUCUCAAGAACUGUUUUCUGUUACCUUUGAUCUGGGAUUUUCCAUCGAAGAGUGUGAUAACAAAAUCUUUGAAGAAAAUACAAAUACUAAUAAUAUCAUAAAAUUAAAGAGUGCCUCGGGGAGUCAUGCAGAUGUGAAAUCCACUCAAGAUGGAAAAGAAUUAUUGAAUGGUGGCUCCAGACUUGAAACAUCGCCGAAGCGGGAUUGCAGAACUCCUGAGAAAAGAGACUUUUCCACACUAUUGCCGUGCCGGAGUGGGAGCAUGAGUGAUAGGGAAGGGACGGAGGGUGGUACCGCUGCAGUACCUUUCCUGGAGUCAGGAGGCAGAACGGGAAGCAGAUCACCUGAAGCUUUGGCUUCUGCACUUUCUACUCCAACAGGAACCAGCAGUGAGAGUGAAGAAGAGAUCGUUUUCCGGAGAAAAAAUAGGAAAAAAAAGAAUGUUUUGAAGUCUCCUGAUGUCAUGAAUAAUAGUGAUUUUGAAUCGCCAAUUCGUGCCGUCAGGAAACGUCGACAGCCACUUAACGUGUCGGACAUGUCCAGUGAUGAUGACAAGGAUUUUCAGAAGAACUCCAGUAGGACCAUGAAGAGCAGCUCAGCAACCUGUAGCAAAAACCAGCUGAGAAAUACAAAACAGCAAAAGGUCAAUAGCAAAUUUACAUACAAGAAUGCAGCAAGGCAGUUUUUAGAUGAAGAAGCUGAGCUGUCCCAGCAAGAUGAAGAUGCUGUUUCAUCUGAUGAGAGUGAUGAUGCAGAGGAUGAGCUGAACUCUUCACUUGCUCAGUUCUUGAACGAUGAUGCAGAGGUCACACAAGUGUUAAACAACUGUGAGAUGAAAGGAGUUUACCUGAAAUCUGUGCGUAGCCCAGCUCUUGGCAACAGAUACAAAAUGGUUCAUCGUGAAUUCAACAUGACGAUUUUCUCUCAGAUUCCUGAGCAAGACCAGUCUUAUGAAGAAGACAGUUUCUGUGUUGGAGAGGUGGAAGAGGAAACUUGCAAAAGUGAAUCUAGCGAGGAGGAAGUGUGUGUUGAUUUUGAUCUCCUAAAUCAUGAGAGUUUCACUAGUGGAAGAAAACAAUACCUCACUCGCCGCAGAAAAAACUUAAACCAGGCUGGAAUGAAAGAGGACUGUUCUGUCCCAGUGCCAAAGAAGAAACCGUCCCGAAUUAUUGUUGUCAGUGAUUCCAGCGGGGAAGAAAUAAGUGUCAGCAAUGAGAAGCCUGUGAAAACAGACUCUUUCAGGGCAGAACAGGAAAAUGCUCAGGUACCCAAGUCACUGCCUUCAGCCUCUUCUGCGCAGCCCAGAAGACUUGCUGGGGAAGUCAUUGUUCACCAGGCUGUUGAGGAUAAGAGCAAGAUGAUUCCCAGCUUGAAAGCUUCAGUAUCGGAAAUGCUGGAUUUUCACCCAGACCAAGUCAGGAGCACGUGCUUUCCGCCAGCUGUCGCCAGUUCUGAUGCAGGGAAGGAGGCUCUCCAGGCUCGCAGUGAGGUGGAAAGUUCUUUGAAGAACACCUGUAGGAGCACUUCAGUCCCGUCUCAUUCUGCUUCCACAAACCCCUCUUCAGCUCCAGCUCUGUUUUCAUGUGACCCUCUGGAGAAAAAGCCUUCGCUCUGUAUUCUGGUAGACAGUCGUGAGAUCUCCUCUGGAGCGGAGGUGAUUUCUUCCUUGAAGGCAGUUCACGGAGUAAAGGUGCAGGUUUGCUCGCUGAGCAGCAGCGAUUACAUUGUAAGCAACUGCAUGGCGGUGGAGAGGACGUUUCUGUCAGACUUAGUGAACUAUGUGAACAGGAAUAGAGUCACCCAGCGGAUCCAGUGCCUGCAGAACAUGUUUAAGAGAAUAUGUGUGAUUGUGGAAAAGGACAGGAUUAAAACAGGAGAAAUGUCACGAUUUUUCCAGAGGACGCAGUACUAUGACAGUAUGCUCUCAGCCUUGGUCCAGGCUGGGGUCCAGAUUCUUUUCAGCUCUUGCCAAGAGGAAACUGCUGGUUUGCUGAAAGACCUGGCUUUGGUGGAGCAAGGAAAAAACGCUGCCAUUUGUGUGCCAACGGAGGUGGAGGGUCACAGACAGGAAAUGCUCAACUUCUACUUGACUAUUCCUAACCUCAGCUACCUGGCUGCUCUCAACAUGUGCCAUCACUUUGGCUCUGUGAAGAAGAUGGCCAACAGCUCGCCCUGCGACAUCGCCGCCGCUGCCCAGGUCAGCCCGCGGAAGGCAGAGGAGAUCUACCGCUACUUCCACUACCCCUUCGACAGGCAGAUGCUGCCUGACCACCUCUGCCCUAAGGGGAAAAGCAAUGCAGCCGCCAAGGACUGAACCGAGUGAAAGUUCCCAGGGCCCCAGGCUGUUUUCUUUUAACUGCACUUUACUAAGUUUUGAUUUGCUGUAAAAUAUGUAAAUAAACACUUGUAGAAUGAC